GAUCCUUAGCGGGAUCGAUCCGUGGUGAUCCAACAAACCUCAGCAAUUAGGUAUAGGCCUAUAUCAUCCAUAUCUCAAAGCUUUUAUGUCAUUGAAAGACUAUUAUUUUGAUAACUUGUCUCUGAUUUAAUAUCUUUCUCAUUAAGGAUAACAGAUGGGUUACCCUUUUUUCUAGACACCCAGAAUAAUAGAAUCCAUAAUCUACAGUUGAGUGCACUCAGUGACUAGGACUCUGAUAUUUGCACCUUUGCUGUAAAAACUCUCUGGCUAUUCAGUGUGUUCUGGACCUUUGUUCAGGUGUUUACGUUUGGUCAUUCUGGACGGAACAGAGUUUCCUGCAAACAAGAAUGAUACUGGCAGGGAAUGGGAUGAGAGUGGCUGUGACCAUCGUAAUUUGCUUGGUCCUGUACGGGACAGGAGCGGGGUCAGACGAUCCACUGGUUCGAUAUGAUGGAUACCAGGUUUGGCGAGUGACACCUCGGUCGGAUGUAGAAUUAGAGGCGUUGACACUCAUCUCUGAUAGAAACAAUCUAUCAUACUGGAUAGAACCUUCAUCUGUUGGUCGACCAGUUGAUGUAAUGGUACCUCCUUCCUCGGCUGAUAAUCUUGCAUCAUUCUUCAACCGAUCCUUCUCAUCAUUCGAGGUCUUACAGACGGAUAUUCAACGGGUCAUUACAAAGCAGUAUAUGAACAGGGUUCAGACUGGUUUGGGAUUUACAUAUGAUGAAUACAACAACCUUAGUCAGAUCAACAGAUGGAUUGAUUCUAUCGAGAGAAAACACAAGGGUGUUGUCACCAUAAUUACGAUCGGUACAUCUUAUGAAGGAAGGACUAUAAGGGCACUCAAGAUCAGCGUUCCUGUGCAACAAUCACGUUUCCAUGGCAACGAAACUCUACCUCGCAAAUCCAUCUUCAUUCAAGGAGGAAUACACGCCCGUGAGUGGAUAUCUCCAGCCACCGUCAUCUACAUGACUAAUCAAUUAUUGAAGCAGUAUGACAAGCGACAAGACGUAAGAAUGAUGUUGGAUAAUUUUGACUGGUAUAUCUUACCGGUAUUCAACGUUGAUGGAUACGAAUACACAUGGACCAAUGAUCGCCUUUGGCGCAAAACCCGCUCUCCUACAAGCAUCCAACACUGCAAAGGAACAGAUCCAAACCGAAAUUGGGAUAACCAUUGGUGUGAGGCAGGGGCAAGCAAGAAUCCAUGCAGUGAAACGUAUUGUGGAUCUGGUCCAUUUUCUGAGGUUGAAGUCAAGGCGGUCUCAACUUUCCUUACUUCUGGCAUCAAUUUCAUUGGCUUUAUCGAUAUCCAUAGUUACUCUCAAUUAUGGAUGACUCCAUACGGAUACAGCACAUCAUUUCCAAGUGACUAUAUUAAACAGAAUACACAGAGCAAGCUAAGCGUUCGGGCCCUCAGCGGAGUGUUUGGAACAGUAUAUGAGUAUGGAAGCAUAGCUAACACACUGUACGAAGCCUCCGGCAGCUCUGUAGAUUGGACGUAUGACAACGCUGAUAUCCUUUAUUCUGCUACGCUUGAGCUUCGUGACAUGGGAGAGUAUGGAUUCCUACUCCCUGCUGAUCAGAUCAUCCCGACCGGGAAAGAGACCUUUGAAGGUCUUGUCGAGUACGCCCAAUUUAUCAUGACACACAUUAGUAAUUAGAUCUGUGGACUGUUUAAUGAAAGGACUGAUAGGAUGUUUUAUCCGACAGUUUCAACAUAGUAACAGUAAGACAUAUGUGCUUUUCAGCCGAUCAAAAUCCAAGGAAAGUCAAGGAUAUAUCCCUCCUAAUUUUGCAGGUGGAGGGGUUGCCUUUUUAUCAUCUCCCCCUAUUAAUUUACGGUAGAACAUCACAACAUUUAUGAUGAAGCAUAUGUCAAGUAUGAUAAUGAUAAGGAGAGAUUAAGAUUAUUAUGAUCAUGAUGAUGAUAGUAUUGAUUGUCACAUGCACAUGAACAUAAUUUUUUUCAGAAUUCUCUUGUUUAUUGUUAUUGAGAGAAAUCAUUCCUCUAAAAAAAGUUUGAAUGAGAUGGAUGGAGAAAGCAAAAAUUCCAGGAUAAAAUAGAACCUGUUAAUUUUUAACUUUAUUAGAAUUUACCCCUUCCUGCAACCUAGCGCAUGGGGUGUGCCCUGUUUAUUUGAAUACCCUUUUGAAUGACGAAUCAAUUUUGCUAUUAUCAAAAUGACUCAUUUUCAGGUAAUUUUUUUUGAAAAAAUUCAGCUCGCACUUCAUGCUCGCAUAUUUUGAUCUAGCUCCUGCAUUUACAUUGUACAUGUAUGUAGUACCUAUUCUUGUAGGAAAAAAGUAACAUACUUAUAACUUCAGUCUUACGGACCCCCGCCCCCCCCCCAAAAAAAAAAAAAAAAAAAGUUUCACUACCAAGAAAGGAGAAAAGAAAUAAAAUGAAAAGAAAAAGGGUGAAAUUUAUAUAUAUUUCAUUUUCAUAUAUAUUAUGUCAAAAUAUAUCACAAAAUUAGAUUAGAUCACCCACAAUGAGCAAAUUUUGUGUUGGUCAUCCCCCCCCCCCCCCCAUGAACACCGAUUGACACCCAUGGUUGUCAGACAGGAGCAAGGUGACUGUAGUAAUUUCAUGUUUGGGGGUUUUAAGGGACCAAAACAACUGGGAUUUGCUCUGUAUAGUUGGAUAUUAUUUGUUGCAAUUUGCUUUAUAAUUUUUUAUUUAUGAAUUUCUAUUUUGUAUUCUAAUUUGAGAUAAUAUUAAGUAAAAUAUUUAUGAUUUAAGUAAUUGGGAAGUUUUCAUGUGUGUGACUCACGUAUCUUGGUUGCAUUGCCACUGGGAGAAUCUCCAUGGCAUUAAAUGCUGAUAAAUUUCUCAUUGUGUAAAAGAUUUAUCAAAUUAUAAUUGGAUCUGUUUCUUGGUUUUCCUGUUCAAUCCAAUCAAACCGAUCUCAAGGAGUUCAUUGAAUUAUCUUUUGAUACAAUGUACACUAUUUACAGCAAACACACGAUUACAAUUGAGAAUUAGUAUGCACAUAUCAUGAUUAUUAUCAGCAAAACAGUUCAGAGUGCAAAUAUAUUCUCCAUUAAUAUUGGAAUGCUGUAUAAACUGUAUGAGACUUUCUAAAAAUGAAUACAAAAACAUAACAUACAUAUGUGUUUAUAUCAUCUUUUUAAUAUUGCAUAAAUUGCAAACACUGAUUUCUCAUGAUUUUUAUUUUCUCUACUUUUUCUACUGGUUUACCCUUUAUAUUCCCUUGGCAUUUAAGAUUGACAUGCCACAAUAUAUGCCACACGAUCCAAUUAUGUACAUGUACAUGUAGUAAAAAAAACCAGUACAUUUACGUUAAGACUACACUCUGAUUGGAAAAUGUACAGUUUUGCUUGACCACUGCUCACAAAGAUGAAACUCUUUGGAAGCAAUAACACUCACACCUUUUUCCUACAAAUACAUUUCAGAAGUUUGCUGAAAGCUGUAUACAGCUAUUAGAAGGUAUUGAAUGUAUAUUGGGCGACAUGACUCUCAAUUGUACAUGUAGAAUUCAUAGUAUUACACGACUGGUGAAGAGGCUAGUCAGCAAUCUAAAGAGCAACACUUUUCAUUCAAUCAUGAACAUGGAUCUCUCACUGAAAUUUCAAAUGCAAAUCACAUUUCAUAAAAUUUUGACAUCUUUUGGGCAGGAAGUCUGCAAAGAAUUGCCAUGAAUCAAUUUGUGGUACUUGUUACUUGAUGCAAACUGCAUCACUCCUGAUUUGCUUUAGAUAUUUCUAUGACUUACAAGCAGGAAGACAAUUAGAUUGGAUCAUAUAACUCUUACUGGAGAAGAAUAUCCAUGUUUAGCACAAUGGGUUGGCACACUUCCUGUCUUUUUGCUAAAUUGUAAUCACACAAAUAUGUCACUUCACACUUAAUACACGUAAUCUCCAAGAGAGAUCUCACUCCUUGUAUAUCCCAACUCCCAAAUUCACAUCAGUGUAUGGAAUUGGAAUCAUUCUUUUCUUACUGAAGUGAAUAAAAAGCAGACUUCACACAA